CGUGGCUCUGACGCAGCCCGGGGGCGGGGCAUGCGGCGGGAGCGGCGGCGCGCGCCAUGGGGCCGGGGGAGCCCGACCUGUACCGGGACACGUGGGUCCGAUACCUGGGUUAUGCCAACGAGGUGGGCGAGUCCUUCCGCCCACUGGUGCCAGUGCCGGUGGUGUGGGCCAGCUACGGCGUGGCCACCGCCUACGUGACCGCCGACGCCAUCGACAAGGGUCGGAAAGCCUCCACCGUGAGUGCCACCCCCUCCUCACCCCCCAGCCUCUCCCUCCCUGCCCUUCCACCGACCCCUGUGUCCCCCCAGGCCCACGCACAGGACCCCACCCGCGUGGGGGUGGCCGUGGUGGACACCUUCGUGUGGCAGAGCCUGGCCUCGGUGGCCAUCCCCGGCUUCACCAUCAACCGGCUCUGCGCCGCCUCGCUGGCCCUGCUGGGGUCCCUGACCCGCUGGCCUCUGCCCGUGCGCCGCUGGACCACCACUGCCCUGGGGCUGGCUGCCAUCCCCCUCAUCAUCACCCCCAUCGACAGGACCGUGGAUUUCCUGAUGGAUUCCAGCCUCCGCAAGCUUUACAGGACACCAGGAGAGCCCCCGACGUCCCACUGAGCACCACCCUGCACGCUCUGGGGAAACUGAGGCAUGCUGCUGUGACCCACCUACUGUGACCCCUCACUCUGGUGACCCCCAGAGUGGCCACCCUGCCCCACACUGGUCCUAAUAAACCAUUUCAAACGUGA